CGAGUACAUGGUACUACUCACUAUCAUUGCCAACUGUAUAGUGUUAGCAUUAGAGGAACAUCUUCCUAAUGAUGACAAAACACCACUAGCUGUUCAGCUUGAAGAAACAGAAAUCUACUUUGUAGUUAUCUUCUUAGUAGAAGCUUUACUAAAAAUAGUAGCUUUAGGAUUUGUAUUACAUAAAGGAGCAUAUCUAAGAAAUAUUUGGAAUAUAAUGGAUUUUGUAGUCGUAGUAACAGGGAUUAUCACGAUGGCUGCCUCUAGUCAACUAGAUUUACGAACAUUGAGAGCAGUCCGAGUGUUACGUCCCCUUAAAUUAGUCUCGGGGAUACCAAGUCUUCAAGUAGUGUUGAAAUCUAUUAUAAGAGCAAUGACUCCACUUUUACAAGUGUGUUUGCUGGUGUUUUUUGCCAUCAUUAUAUUCGCUAUAGUAGGAUUAGAAUUCUACAGUGGUGCUUUCAAAACUGCCUGCUUUAAACUAGGAACAGUGGGAAAUGAUGAAGAUAACAUAUACGUAGGAGAUGAAGCCAACAUAAGGCCGUGCUGGGAUAAAACCCAAAAUGCAGCAUACUUUGAUGCGUUUAAGUGUCAGGAGAAUGUUUCCGUGUGUCGAGCUCGAUGGGUUGGGCCUAACUAUGGAAUUACAAGUUUUGACAAUAUAGCAUAUGCCAUGCUUACUGUGUUUCAGUGUAUUACCAUGGAAGGAUGGACAGAAGUAUUAUAUUAUACCAAUGAUGCAAUAGGACCCUAUAUCAACUGGCUUUACUUUUAUCCACUGAUCAUUCUUGGAUCAUUUUUUAUGCUCAACUUAGUGUUAGGUGUUCUUAGUGGAGAAUUUGCUAAAGAGAGAUUAAGAGUAGAAAAUAGGAGAUCUUACAUAAAACUUCGAAGACAGCAGCAAAUAGACAUGGAGUUAAGUGGAUAUUUAGAGUGGAUCUGCAAGGCAGAGGAAGUGAUACUAAAUGAAGAAAGAACUACAGAUGAAGAUAAAUUGAGAAUUAUGGAGGCACGGAAAAGAGCCGCCACAAAAAUGAAGAAAAUGGGAAAGGAACCGAGUGAUGAAAACAAUGAAGAUAAUGAUGAUGAUUUACUAUCAGACAUAAAUAUAGGUUCAUAUUCAUUAGGCAGAUCAAAAAUACAAAGCAGAAAACGCACAGGAAGGUGUGCUGCAUUUUGGAAAGCUGAAAAACAUUUUAGGUAUUCUUUACGACGUUUGGUGAAAAGCCAGCCAUUUUAUUGGACAGUCAUUGUUCUAGUGUUUUUAAAUACAGUGUGCACUGCAUCAGAGCAUUAUGGACAAGCCGAGUGGCAUGAACAGUUUUUAUAUUAUACAGAAUUUGUUUUCCUAGGAUUAUUUAUAUUUGAAAUGUUAAUAAAGAUGUAUGGAUUAGGGAUCCGGACAUACUUCCAGUCAUCUUUCAAUAUAUUUGAUUGUGGGGUUAUAAUAGUUAGUAUUAUAGAGGUCAUAUGGUCGUAUUACAAGGAUGGAGCCUCUUUUGGCAUUAGUACACUCCGAGCACUGCGAUUACUGAGAGUCUUCAAAGUCACCAGAUACUGGUCCUCGCUCCGUAACCUGGUGGUCUCCCUACUUAGCAGUAUGAGGUCAAUUGUCAGUCUGUUGUUCCUGCUCUUUCUCUUCAUUCUUAUCUUCGCUCUGCUGGGGAUGCAGCUGUUUGGGGGAGAAAUGAAUUUUGAUGAUGGAAGACCAGAUGCACACUUUGACACCUUCCCAAUAGCCCUACUGACUGUGUUCCAGAUUCUGACGGGAGCAGACUGGAAUGAAGUGAUGUAUGCUGGGAUCAGGGCUCAUGGAAUUGAGGAGGGGGACAAGACAGGGAUGUUUUACUCUAUCUAUUUCAUCAUCCUUGUGGUGUUUGGAAACUACACACUGCUGAAUGUGUUCUUGGCUAUUGCUGUGGACAACUUGACCAAUGCACAGGAAAUGACAGCUGCAGAGGAGGAAGAGGAAGUGGGACGGAAAGAGAGAAAUAAACUGGAAAAAGAAGUUCUGGAGGAGGGUUCUGCGACACAGGCAGUGACAGUGAAUAUCUGUCCCCCCUCUCCGGCCAACAAUGAGGAGAACCCCAAAGUCAGCAACUUUAAUUAUAUCUCUUUUAGCAAAGACAGUAACCACCAGAAUGACCUGAAAAAUAACAAAAACACUGCUAAUGCAGUGGCCAAGAAAAGCAACAUCUCACAGAACGAAUUUGAUAAUGAUGGCCUUGACACAGAAAACAAUAACAAACCAGCAGACAGCAACAACAGUGAGGAGGACCCCCCUCCUCAGCCCCCUAAAAAAGAGGAGGAGGAGAGUGCAUUUGGGGGCCCAAGGCCAAUGUUACCCUACAGCUCCAUGUUCAUAUUUGGACCAAAAAAUCCAAUACGACGUUUCUGUCAUUUUGUUGUGAAUCUGCGCUACUUUGACCUGUUCAUUAUGAUCGUUAUCUGUGCUAGUAGUUUUGCGCUAGCCACUGAGGAACCAGUCAACGAGAAGGCCCUUAGGAACCAAAUCCUUAACUACUUUGAUUAUGUCUUCACAAUCGUGUUCACUGUGGAAAUGAUACUGAAGGUGAUUGAUCUGGGAGUGUUCCUUCAUCCCGGGUCCUACUGUAGAAAUCUGUGGAAUAUUCUGGAUGCCACCGUUGUCAUCUGUGCAUUAGUGGCUUUCUUCUUUCAAGAUACUGCCAGCAAGAACCUGAACACAAUCAAAUCUAUGAGGGUCCUUAGAGUGUUACGUCCACUGAAAACAAUCAACCGAGUACCCAAACUAAAGGCUGUUUUUGACUGCGUUGUGAACUCUCUAAAAAAUGUAGCCAACAUCCUGAUUGUAUAUAUGUUAUUCCAACUGAUCUUUGCUGUCAUAGCUGUUCAACUGUUCAAAGGGAAGUUUUUCUUCUGCACAGAUGAGUCUAAAAGUACAGAGGAGGAGUGUAGGGGCCAGUUCUUUUACUAUGAAGAGUUUGAAGACACACCCACCGUCAAAAAUCGAGAAUGGCUGCGACAUGAUUUUCACUAUGAUAACCUGUUUGAAGCCAUGCUUACUUUGUUCACUGUCACUACUGGUGAAGGGUGGCCCAACAUCCUUCAUCAUUCCAUGGAUUCUACGUACGAGGACCAGGGCCCUAAGCCUGGAAACCGAAUGGAGAUGGCAAUAUUCUACGUUGUCUUCUUUAUUGUUUUCCCUUUCUUCUUUGUGAACAUCUUUGUUGCCUUAAUUAUCAUCACUUUCCAAGACCAAGGAGAAGCUGAGCUUGAGGAUGCACAGCUAGAUAAAAAUCAAAAACAAUGUAUAGACUUCGCAAUUAAUGCUCGUCCCACCAGCCGAUACAUGCCGAAGAACAAGAAAACGAUCAAGUACAAAAUCUGGAAGCUGGUUGUGUCGACUAAAUUUGAGUAUUUUGUGAUGACGCUGAUUGCCUUGAACACAAUUGUACUUAUGAUGAAGUAUGAGGGAAUGAGCAACGAAUACAAGACGAUCCUUAAAUAUCUAAAUAUGGGAUUUACGAUCAUGUUCUCAGUAGAAUGUACCCUAAAGUUGAUAGGGUUCGGAAAGAAUUAUUUCCAUGACCCUUGGAAUGUCUUUGACUUCAUAACAGUAGUAGGCAGUAUCAUUGAUGUUUUAGUCAAUGAGUUUGGGUCAUAUAACUCGAUGUUCAAUGUUGGUGUGUUCCGACUGUUCAGGGCUGCCAGGCUGAUAAAACUCCUCAGACAGGGAUACACUAUACGUCUGUUACUCUGGACAUUUCUACAGUCUUUCAAGGCACUGCCUUAUGUGUGCUUACUGAUUCUCAUGCUGUUCUUCAUAUUUGCCAUCAUAGGAAUGCAGGUGUUUGGAAAUAUCAAACUUGACUCUCAAACAGACAUCAACAGACACAAUAAUUUUAGAAACUUCUUAUAUGCACUGAUGCUUCUGUUUAGAUGUGCUACUGGUGAGAAUUGGCAGGCAAUAAUGAUGGCCUGUCUGUCAGGGAAACCUUGUGACCCAGAGUCUGGCCUUAACCCGCCCAAAACAUGCGGAAGUUCAGCCAUUGCCUAUGUCUACUUCGUGUCCUUUAUGUUUCUCAGUUCAUUUCUCAUGUUGAAUUUAUUUGUGGCUGUCAUUAUGGAUAACUUUGACUACCUGACCCGGGACAGUUCUAUCCUCGGCCCGCAUCAUUUGGACGAGUAUGUCAGAGAGUGGGCUGAAAUUGACCCAGGAGCCACAGGAAGAAUCAAUUACCAAGACAUGUACGAGAUGUUAAAGAACAUGGAGCCACCAGUGGGUUUCGGCAAAAACUGUCCGACCAAAUUUGCGUACCGGAAGUUGAUCAGGAUGAAUAUGCCUGUUGCUAAUGACAACACUGUUCAUUUCACCACCACUUUGUUUGCUUUGAUUAGAGAAUCUCUUUCUAUCAAAAUGGGUCCAGUGGAAGAAAUGGACAAGCUGGAUGAUGAACUUAGAGAACUAAUUCGCAAAAUGUGGCCAGUGCAGGCUCGCAAAAAGAAACUCCUUAAUCUCCUGGUGCCACCUAAUUCAGAGUUGAACGAUAAUCAUAUGACAGUUGGGAAAAUAUAUGUUGGUUUGAUUAUUGCUGAAAACUGGAGAGCGUAUAAAGCAAGUCAAUCCAAAAUGAACAAUCUUAAAAUGGUUGAGGAUAAAGAGGAGAGACCCCCUUCCUUCUUCAAGAGAAUGCUGGGGGUGGUAAAAGCUCCCUCACGGAGGUCAGACACCAGCCUCAAUCAUGAUUCAGAGCACUCAGAUGAUGGGGGAUAUGAUGGAGGCAAUAGUGAUAGACAUUCAUGGAAUCGAUCUUUUAGCUUUUUAAGAAGAAACAGCAGCAAGAAAAAGAAAGAUAAUCAGGAUGCCACCAGUGUGCAGGCAAACAGCAAACAAGAUGGUCCGUGGUACAUCAAUACAACAUUUACAAUGAAUGAGGAAGAUUACCAAAUAUCUCCCAUUUCAUCACCUGCUAAUCUUAAACGUAGGGUACAUUUCAUAGGGCCAAACUACAAACCCAUGGAGUCAAUGGGGCAGGACUUUUCCUCUGGACUCAAACCUGAGCAUGCCACAGGACACACCAAUAUGACUCGUGCUGGAUCGGACUUCUCACUACGCUCGGGUAACAAGUCCCCCUCCCUGCCAGCCUCUCCUUUGUCUCCACGCUCCCCCAUCAUGCCUCGAGCCUUCCACUCCCCCACAUCCUCUCCUCUGGUGGGGCGACGGUCCAUGUCCCCAAGGCGUGGUGGAGAUUAUGGCUUUGCGUCAGCUGUUUCAAACAUUGUGGAUCAGGCUCAUUAUAUCUCAGAGCAGGAUAAGCUUAAAAGAUAUGGAAUAGGAGCACGCCAUGACGACAGUUUGAGUAUGAGUUUACCCAACUCUCCCUCCCAACGCCUCCAAAGUUUGAUUCGUCGACCCCCACUCAUCUCUCAGGAGAAGGUAGUGUGUUCCCCAUCACCUAGUCCACAGCCAUUACGACAUGCCAACCGUGACAGCACAUUUUAUAGAUCCACAUCACUGGAGACCAGAUCAAGAAGCCCCUCUCCCAACACAACUCCCUCACAGACCCCCCUUCAGGAGUACUAUGGCACCGCCAAUUUGACUGACAGGUCUCGUAGUCCUAGCCCCGCUUCCACACCUCCCAAGAAACAGACAAGAAAACUUCCAAGUGUGCCACUUGUCAAGCCUUCAACUCUUAAUCUUGCUCAACCAAAAUUGAAAGAAAACAUGCCUAGAGUGUUGCCUUCCCCUACUGUUCCUAAAUCGGUGAAAUCUCCUGGAAAUAUUAACUUUCCUAGACUAAACCCAUCACCCACACACAAGCCCAAAAAUAAAAACAUUCCUCCCCCCAUCUCCAGUUACCCCCCACCCCCAGGAAAGUUUGGGAGGCCAGAACCUUAUAGCCCCACGGAGAGGAACAAUCUCAAUAAAGUGAGUGCCCCCUCUUCAAGUCAUUCCAAGACUUUACCCCAAGUGGGGCGACGGUCUAAUAAUGGUGAUCAAUGGAAUCGUGAUCGGUCCAAUUUCAACAAAUUUAGGUCCAGUAGUCACUCACCAGAUGUUAAUAAAAGCUCGAGUGAGAGAACUAAAUUUCUGGCUAGUGAAUUUGAAGAGCCCAGUUCUAGUGUAAACAGAGGCAGACAGAGACAUUCCCCAACAGUGCCUAAUGGGAUUAAAGCUCGUAAAAAGAAGCCGGAGAAAUUGGAAAUGCGUAGUGAUAGUAACAUUCCAUUGAAUAAUGAUUCCGAUGAGUCUGAAUCAGACUGGUGUUAGAUAGAAAAGCAUUCAAUGACAAUCUGGUGAUUUUUUUUUCUUAUAAAUCAUGUUCAAUAUUUAUACAAUAUUAUUGAAUUAUAAAGUCAUCCUUAAUUGGGUGUUUGUAUGCCUUUGCUAUUUGUUUCAAGCAUAAGAGUUUGAGAGCUUGUAGGUUUUAUACAUGAUUGUCUGUCAAGACAUGAAUUGAUAAAUACUUAGUACACUGUGUUGAUGUAGUAGGUAGGGUGUGUUUUCAUACUCUUUUUUCAGAAUUCAUUUUACAGUUACUGUAAUUACAUUGCUUGUAACAUCCAUAGUUAAAUUUUUAAAAAUUGAAUAAUCUUUAACUGCAGAAUGUGGUUUGGGAUAUUCCAGUGUAGGAGUCAUCGCUAUCAUGAUGUUUCUUUAGCACAUAUUACUUACAUGUAUGGUCUACCCCCUCCCCUUUUUCCUGUGUUGAAAGCGUGAAUAACAGGCAUUCAAACACAGAUUCUUCCAUGAUAUGACACUCUAGUCAAUCAAUACAUGAAUUUAUAUCUUAUUACCUUUUGUCUUUUGAUAAUAUCUGAGUGAUUUUGAUGUUAUGAUAUCUGAAUAAUUUUUUUUUCUCUUUUAUCACUUGUUAAAAAUUGUAAGAUUUUUUGAAAAUGCUUCAAAUGAAUAAUAUUACUCACUGUACGGGUAUGAGAGUUGUUUAUGUAUUUUCAAGUAUUUAUUGCACACUUCUGGAGGUGAGAAUAGGGUUACAGUUUGAGUCUGUAUCGUCUUAUGAUCCCCAUGUAUCUUUAUAACAGGGUAUACUUGUUUUACAUGAGUGUGUAACAGACAAAAGUUUUGGUGUACUUGAUUUGUUCCAAAGAAAGUAUUGUGAUAUUUGGGUGGAUUUGAUGAGAUUAUAAUAAUUUAUUGUGAUAUUCUUACUUGAUGGCGUUUGUUUUAUUGUUUAAUUAAUCCAUGUUCAUGAUGAAGUCCCAAAAUUUUUUUUUUAUUUUAAUAGUAUACAAUGUAUUCCAUUUUACUUUUACUAGAUGUUACAUAUUAAAGUAAAUAUAUCAAUAUAUCAUUGCACAAUUCAUUUUGGUUUAAUAGCUGCAGGAUAUUAUUUAUUUUUAAAAAUUUAAUAAACAAGCACAUCACUCCAGCUAUUAAGUAAUAUAUAAUACUUAUGUUCACCAUUCCAAUGAAUUUUAGGUUAAACAUUUUUAUGCAUCUUCCCACCUAGUUUAAAUGAUUUUCACAGGGUAUGUUAUACCGUACUGGAAGUCUUAACUGUUAAGAUACUUGUUAUCAUUUUAUCAUUGAGAGUGCCAUUCAUAAUGCAUUAGAAAAAUUCGUGAUUAGCGAUUUUUAUAUUCAAUCAACUUUAGUUUUCAUGCACUGUAGACCAUCUUGCCAUGUCAGAGAAUUUUUUCAUUUUCAAUUACAUGUAAUACAUGUACACAGUUCAUUAAAUUUCAAAAAAUGUGAUAAAUGUCAUACACAUUGAUUCUUACAAAAGUAGAUACACAGAUUUAUUUGGUGUUGAAAUCAAAUGGGACAUUUUUUCCUAAAUUUUCUUUUAUGUCUAAGUAGCUCAGUAAGUUCAUUAGACACAUUAACACAUACAAACUUUUUUGAAUGCUUCUGAUUAUUUCAGUAUCUCUGUCGAUAAUGAAGAUUAUUGAGAAUAAAACAUCUAAAACAUUGA